AAAUCGUUGUCGGUAACACCAAUUAGCAAGUCUCUUCUCUCGACGUCGUCACAUUCGUCGGCAGCAGCCAGCACCACCACCACCAGCAUCAUCACCGACGGAGCCCGUUCAAGCCGCUACCGCUCGCAGAUGGCGUGCGAGGUGGACCAGCACGCCGACUUCUCGGGCUGGCUGGGCAAGAUGGGCGUGAACACGGAGAUCGCGCUCGCCAUGGACACCGAGCUGGGCAUCCGGGACUACGAGGUGCUGCUCGCCUGCGCCGAGGACCUGCAGGUUCGCUCGGAGCUCUUCUGCGUCGCCCGCGAGCGCCUGCCCUUCGGCUUCUACGCCGUGCUGCGCCGUGUGGUGGCAGCGUUCCCGGCGGAGCGCGCCGGCGACUGUGGCGCCGCUGCCGCAUCGGGCCGGUCGUGCCCCGGCCUCGGCUCGCUACUGGAGGUGCUGGUGAGCACGCUGAGCAGCCUCAGCCGCGAGUUCCUCCGUUCGGCCGACAAGCUGAACGCGCUGGACGCCCGUACGCCGGCCUCCGAGGACGACGCGGCCAUGGACGAUGUAGCGCAAGAGGACCAACCCUUGGAAGCUUUUUCUCAAAGCAAUUCACCACAAAUGCCGAGGGACAGCCCUCCAAUCUUCGUCCAGACCGGCGAUGGAGUUUGGAAAGAAUUAAAGAUGGAAAACGAAGGUUACAAGGAUGUGCAGUGGGUGGAGGCUUCAGAUGAAGAGUCGCAGGAACAGCAAAGCCACAAGGAAGAGGAUACAAACGAAGUUAAAGUAGAGAUGGGAAUGGAAGAUAAGCCCUGCGACAAGUCCUGGGUUCUGAGUGAAAAAGGCGAUGACGCCUUGACGUCGAGACGCUCCCAGGAUGCGACGACUGCCAACGACGAGGACAACUCGCAUCAUCAUCCACCUCCUCAGCCACCUCUGCUUCCGCAGCAGCAGCAGCAGCACCAGUGUGACCUCCCCCUAGACGAUGAAAAAGCCAGCUGCUACGAGGAGGUGAACAAGUAUGGGGACAUCAACUCGUACGGCGCGAUCGACGCGUACGGCAUCACACAGAGCGACAACUACGACGACGAUGACGACGACGACGAUGACGACCGGCCAAGGGGAGGCGUGACCACUGCCGGCGAAAAGUCGAGCAGGGGCUACGGACUUGGUCGCAAGCCAAGUGAUGACCUGGGCACCCUUGACUCUACAGAGCGAUUCCGUAGCAGACGGAGAGCGUCGGCUAGCGCCGGUUCCAGCAAGGGCGGGCCCGGCGGGCGAGGGAAGGGCCGUAGCAGUGGCGGGCACGCGGACCCGCUGAGCAACGGGCUCCCACCAUUCGCCCUGCCGGCAUAUCUGAGUGAGGUAGCCACGAAGGCCGGCUUCCCGCAACCGCAGUGGACUUAUGACGAGUCUGCGGAGAGGCCCUUCGCGUGCCACGCCUGCGGCCGGGCGUUCCGCUCCAAGCAGAAGCUGCGCGUACACUUCCGUACGCACACGGGCGAGAAGCCGUACGGCUGUGAGGAGUGUGGAAAGCGCUUCACCCGCUCAGACCACCUGCUCAACCACCGCCGAAUGCACAGCGGCCAGAAGCCCUUCCUGUGCGACAUCUGCGGAAAGGCAUUCAUGUUCCCCUACGCCGUCACGCAGCACAAGCGGACGCAGCACUGCGUGCCAUGAGCCAUCAUGGGUGGUGUGCGUGGCUUGAAGAAGGGAUGGAAUGGUGGAUGGAAGGCCGAAUCGCCCAUCACUUCUGACAUUGUUUUAUGCGUUUUGGCAAGACAAUUUCAAGCUUGCGAGCUCUUAUUCUAAAAUGAAAAUGAUGAGUUCGCAUCUCGCAACAGUGGCGACAUGUUAACAAUCUCGCCUCGUAUACAGGAGGUCGUGGGGUUCGAUCCCGACGCCUGUAUAUUUGGAGUUUGCAUGUUCUCCCCGUGGAAAAGUGUCUUUUUCUCUGGGUCCUCCGGUUUUUCCCUCAUUAGAAUCAUACGUUUAGAGUAUUUGGCUGCUAUAAAUUUCCACAAGUCACUUCGUUGAGCUAUCAUUUGUGGCAAGGUCGCUUCUGAAAAAAAGAGCCACAUAGCUCAGUGGGCCUGACCUCGUUAAGUAAAGAUUUGAGUUGCACCACUGCACGUAGGUUCUCAAUUGUGCUCCAUAGCACUAGGGUGUGUUUUCGGGUUGCACCGUGUGCCGUUCAGCGUAAUAUCCGACGUUUUGCUCCAUGUGCUUUCACCUUUCAGUUCGCUUCCUGAAAUAGGUAGCAGCACAUGGGAGAGGAACAUCGGACGUCAUGGUUAGCAACGCACAGAACAUCCCGACAGAGUAUUGGACAGCUAAAGUUUUUAUUUUUCUUUCUGCCGAAUAAUAACUCGUACUGCAGCGCUAGAACUUGGGUGGUAGUUUUGCUUAUGCAUUUUUAUUUAUACGUGCUUGAGUAACAACGUAUUUUUAAAAUUUUGUAGUGGAUUGUUGCUUUAUAUGUAUAGCUGUAUUUGAUGCUUUAAUGGUUAAAAUGCUUCAAUGACCUGAAUAAUUCCCGGGUUAUGGAUUUUCAUUCCUUUGUAUGUGUAUUGCCAUAAAGAAAUAAAUAAUAUUUAAGAAAA